GGUGGACGGGGGAGUUAUCAGGCAGCCAGCUGAUCUUUGCUGUGGUAUUCUGCGAGGGAAAGGAGACUGCAAACUCUUCGUUACUCAGCUGCACUGAGAUAGAGGAAGCCACGAGAGAACUCAACAUCAACAGUCGUGCGAGAGGAAGGAAGCAGAGAGGCUUUUGCGACGUAAACAUGAAGCACGGCUUCAAGACCACGUGAAGCGUUGCCCUCCACUCAGAAAAAAACAUCUGUAAGAGAGAAAAGGAAGCAAGGAGAGACUGACUCAUUUGUUUGGAUUCACCCACAAGGUGUUCCAGUAGACUCUUGGCGUAUCACCAGUAAGAGGUUGAAGAUGUCUUGGCUGUCACCAGUGCAGUGGGCCAAAUGGACCUGGUCAGCCGUUAGAGGAGGAGGGGAGGAAGACGGUGAGACUGAUUCGGGGAUGGACGACGAACCCCUCACGGAAGAGAUGCGAGAGGCUAUGUCCGGAGAUCAAGAGGACGACGAAAGGUCUCAUGGCUGCAGUUCGGACUCAGAGGGCCAAUUUGACACACCUGAAGCUGAGACGCCUGUCCAUCAGCCAUAUAAAGAACCAUCAGUGCUGGAUCAACCAAUAACAGAGAGCACAGGUUUCCCAGAAGAUUGUGUGAAUCAGUUGACCUCCAUCACAACCGAAGUCCAGAACCUGACCCUGGAUGAGUGCUUUCCUGAGGAUGCACCUGUCCCGGUCGUGCGGCAGAGCAGUGUGGACCCCAGCCCAAUCCUGAAAUCCAGGAACCAGCUUUCCUUUGCUGACAUGGAUGUGGACCAGCCUGAUCCUGCUGAAGCAGUUACAACAGAUGACACCAACAUCUGCAAUGGUCACAUUGAAGAACCAUCCUCCAAACCACAGACUAAGUCCCUCAAGCCUAGACCUCCUUCCCUCAAGGUGAAGGCCCCACUGAAUAGCGUAGACCCCAAUGAAGUGGACGACAAUCCUCCGAUACUUCCGAAGGGGAGCUACAACUUUGACCCUGAUCAGUUUGACAACACUUCGAGUCCAUUCACAACUGGAGGGACCAAGUUGCAGAACCCUCCACCUGCCAAUGCCACUACUAAAUCAGAGCUGAUGGAGGAAAUGCCUGCACAGCCAGUAAUGUUAGAGUUUGGACUUGAUGAUGCUGAAGCCAAGAGACCUCCACCCAAGAAGUUUGGAAAGAAGACAAGCAGCAAGCUGACUACUCCAAAAAAACAGCGACCAAAAGCUGCAGAAACCACAGCUCUACCACCAGAGCCUCCAUCAGAACAAGACCAACCACUAUCUGAGAAUGUGACUCCAAUGAACGUUGAUGAUAUUCCUAUUCCUAAGAAAUCCUACAACUUUGACCCAAGUCAGUGGGAUGAUCCCAAUUUUGAUCCUUUUGGUGGGAACAGUAAACUUGGCAACUCGCCAACACUGCCUAAAGGAUCAUAUAGUUUUGACCCUGAUCAUUUGGAUGACUCUAUUGAUCCUUUUAAGCCAUCAAAGACCUUAGGUGGAAGUGACACAAUUAAACCAACGACUGAGAAGCUAAUGGACAAACACAAACCAGACAAAACUCUGGAGCAGCAGAAGCAAGCAGGGCAGUCUCAGAAGAAAAACAAAGACAAGAUCAUCACGACCACUGAGCAAGUGCAGUUUCUCUGUUUUCUAUUGAACUCAUGUAAAGUAAAGAAGUAUGAGAAUCAGUCCCUAGUUCUGGAUGUCUGCAAUCAGGAGAAAGACGUGCAGGAAAAUCCUGCGUCUAAACUGCCUCACCGCGUCCAUCAUGCCACAGAUGAGGAGAAGUUAGCCUCCACUGUCAUGGGCCAGAAGGAUGGUCCAGAGGAGUUUUCAGACUGCACCAAAACAACCACCUGUACCAAGACUGCAGAUGAUCUGCCGGUAGGCAUAACAGACCAGUUUGAAGAGAACGACCUUUCCUCUCCGAGUGAGAGUCUGAGUAAGAGUCAUUCUCUGAGCUCUUCCGACAGUGAGACCAUAGCAAAGACGAGUCCAGGGCUGGAUUCAAUCCCUCUCAGUGAGAUAGAUAAAGCAGCAGUGCUCACACUCAUCAGAGAAGAGAUAAUUGCCAAAGAGAUCGAAGCCAAUGAGUGGAAGAGGAAAUAUGAGGAGGGUAAACUGGAGGUCAUUGAAAUGAGGAAAAUAGUGGAUGAGUAUGAGAAGACAGUAGCUCAAAUGAUAGAAGACGAGCAGCGAAAGAACAUAGGAUCUCAGAAAAGUGUCCACCAGAUAACCAUGGAGAGAGAUCAGGCCCUCGCCGACCUCAACUCGGUGGAGCGCUCGCUGUCCGACCUGUUCAGACGCUACGAAAACAUGAAAACCGUGCUUGAGGGCUUUAAGAAGAAUGAGGAAGUGCUAAAGAAGUGCGCUCAGGACUACCUCACGCGCGUGAGGCAGGAGGAACAACGUUAUCAGACCCUCAAAAUCCACGCAGAGGAGAAACUUGACAAAGCGAAUGAGGAAAUAGCUCAGGUGCGAGCUAAGGCCAACGCAGAGAGCGUGGCGCUGAACGCCAGCCUGAGAAAAGAGCAGAUGAAGGUGGACUCCCUGGAGCGGGCGCUCGAACAGAAGAAUCAAGAGAUUGAAGAGCUCACUAAAAUUUGUGAUGAGCUCAUUGCAAAAUUGGGCACAACGGACUAAGAGGAAGGAGAACCUUGCCCUUUCUGACCCAAACCCACCCUGACCAAGAACGCCUCUUGACCUCCUAUUGCUUUUUUUUCUUUCUUUUCCUUUUUGGAAAGGAGUCACUUUUCCAUGGGUCUGGCUCAGGCACUGGAAGAAACAACAAGAUAUUAGUUGAAGAGUCAAAUAAAACAGUCCCAAAUGUUUUUUACAGAUUCAGAAAGUGCUGAUGUUGGAUUUACACCUAUAUUUGGUGGUAUAAAAUGUUUCAUUGGUGUGAGAUUCUUGAAGAAAGUGGGGAAACCACCCACAUAUCUCAUUCUGAUGACUGCUUGAGACUUUCUGCUGACUGUUAUGGCAGCUGUGUGUUUGAGCAUUUGGGAGAGACUCUGGGUGUGUGUUCAGGUGUUCGUGUAAAGGAACAGACAUUGGAUGAGGGUCAUUGGCCUUGUUCAUAGUUUACAUGACUGCACUGCUGCUAUUUGUAACGGAGGGAGCAAAUCAUAUUAUUUACAACUUUUUUAGUUACAUUUCUUGCAUUGGAUAAUACUGUAACCUGUGUAAUUUUUUGGUUAUAUAUUAGAGAUCAUGAUACAAAUUUACGGGUUCAGUACAAGUUAAGAUCAAUUGACAUCAAUGAUUGGACAAUGUUGAUUACCACAAAAAUUAAUUUCCUCUUCUUGUCUUUCAAAAAAAAAAAAAAGCAAAAAUUUGGGUUUACAGUGAGGCACUUACAGUGAAAGUGAAUGUUAAACAUUACAGUAUUCAUUAUUUCAACAGUAUAGCCACAAGACGUAACAAUAUGAGUGUUAAUAUGAUUUUAGUGUUAAAAAUCACUUGCUAACCUUUUCUUUAACAGUUAAAUGCAAUUUUGCUAUACUUUGUUGCCAUAUACAAAGCCUAAAACCCUAAAAUUAUGAUUUAAACAGCUUUAGAGCUCAAAUAAUAUGCACAUGUUCACGGAAGAGUUAAUGUAAAUACUUUUAUAAAAUUACAAGCAUAUUUCUGGUCUAAAAAUGGACCCCAUUCACUUCCAUUUAAGUCCCCCACUGUAAUCUUGUUUGUUUGUUUUACAGAAAGAAAUUUUUUUUGUGGUAGUCAUCACAGUACUGUCGAGUUUAACUUGUAUUGAACACGGAAUAUUCUUUACUGAGUAGUUUUUAGCAUAUUCAGUACUUCUGUUGUAAGAGUUUGUAGACAGUUGUAGUUCCAUACAUUGUUUUUCUUACUCUCUGGGUGUUUAGUUGCCAAAUUAUCAUAAUUUAUUAUAUUAAGCAAGCUCUGGUGUUACCAGAUGUUCUGAUGGGUUACUUUUUUCUAGCCUUGAGGUCAUAAUAAUCCGAUCAAAUGCUUGCUUUGCAAAAUGUAACGGCACAAAAGCAAACCUAACUGAAAGCACUUAAACUUCUUUUAUGAAAUACUUUGGUUUCAAAGUCUGCAUGAAUUACAGAGAAUAUCAUAAGUUUAUUCUCUGUUUUAUUGUGCGGAGUCAAUUGCAGAGAAGCUGUCAAAAGUUAUGCCUAUGAACAGAAUCAUUUUUGAAACAUUCACUGAAGUCAUUAUGAGAAUUGACAAUCUUUUGCCCGACUUGCUAAAGUGUGCCUAAUGCUGAAGUGAUGUUUUCUAUUGGCUGUUUUUUUUUUUAACCCACAAUUCCUCUGUGCUUUCUUAUGCAAUAUUUCAGCUCAGAAUAACUAACUGCCAAACCGCUAUCCAUGUGCCAAACAUUAACGGGUUGUGUGGAGAAAUUGAGCCUGUAAAUUGUCAUGACAUUGUUUCAAGAGUGUGUUGGUGUUCUUUACUCACUGACCUGUGUAUAUUUUUAUGAGAAGUUCUUUUAUUGUGUUAUUAAUGUUUUGUAAAGUGGAAGAGAGAGAGAGUUGCAGAGAAAUCCCAUUGACUAAUAUAUAUUUUGUGCAUAAAUGCAUUCCCUGAAUAAAGAAAUACUUAGCUUGA